AUGAGCCUCCUCCCAUCAUCUAUGCAGCCCUUUGUGGGCAUUUCUCCUCGACAACCUCCGGCCUCUGGCUUACACGCUCUCGAAGACGGACUUCUUGACUAUGCCCCCCAAGUCAACGGCAAUGAUGCUCUCAACCUCAGUAAGCUGUACAUCGAGCUCGAUCAAGUCGAACACUGCAAACCCUACGUCGUGGAUCCUACUCUGUCGGAGACCGAUCGUGAUGCGCGUUUCAAAGAAAUAAAGGCGCACACGACCGCCAUUCAACGCGAGUUCAUUAACAGCUAG